AUGGAGGAAGCGCAAGUGAAAAGAUGAAAUCAAAAUGGGCAUUGAAUCACAUAUAAAUGUGUGUGUAGACUGUUCUGAUUGGUUCAUCCAAUCCCAUCAGUUUUAGUCUUGUUCAUAAUCAUCUUCUUCUUCUUGUUCACCGACACUUAUGUAGUUUGUUUCCCUGUUUUUUUUUUCUUUGAAGAGGGCUUUUCCGUUUAGCUUCCUCAUCAACUUGUCCAAAAGUCUUUCCUUUGGAAUCAAAAGGGUCUCUCUCUGUUGCUUUCUGCGCCAAUCUCUCUUCAAAAAAAGAAAAAAAAAAAAGCAAUUAAUAUGGCCUCCACCCUCAUUACUCGCAUUGAUACUGCUCUAGAUGAUCUACAGUUCGCGAUUGACGCAGGGGAGGGAGUUUUCGGUUCAGAAUAUGAAUUAUUGUCAACUUCUCUGCGGAAUAUUAAAAUAUUUCUUCUAUCAUUCAGGAAGUUGGUCAACCAUGAUCCAAAGCUCCAAUCCUUGCUGCAGACGAUGGAAGUUGCUGUUUGUAAACUUGCAGACAUAAUUCACGUUGUACGUGUUCAGAUGGAGGGUAAGACGAACCUCGAUGAGCUUCCGGCCGCUGCUUCUACUGAAGAAUGGGAACAAACCAUGGAACAGAUCAUAUCUUUGGAAGAACCAAUCGAUCAAUUCUACAACACUCUGUUGGAUACCCUGAGGCAAUCUCCAGCAAACUCUGUUGCAGCAGAUGAGAUUGAUGAUCUCUUUGACUCUGUACUGAAGAAUCUGCAGCUGUUCCACACUUUUGAGUGGGUAAGUAGCUGUGAGAUGCUGAGAGAACCAAUGAAAGCCUUGGGGGAGCAGAUGAAAUUCUUGAGAAAUCUCAGCGCCUUUGCCUCAGAGUCAGCUCAUUCCAAAGCCAAACAAGAUAUGUUUGCUCAAACCGAAGCGAUUUAUAUUCGUGCCGGAUACAUCAUUUUCAAGUGUUAUUCUGAGAUGGGCACUGAAACUAUUUGCAGAGAAAUGUUUCCCAUGAUCUGGAUGCUGGUUGAAGAUAUCGUGCCUAUCCAUCCUUCGGUCAAUCAUACUUACACUGAGCUCCUGCUUAGCUCAAAGUCAGGCAGAAGAAGUUUACCUCUUGCUGAUCCUGCCGCUGUUGGAGACAAUCCAGCCAAGGAAUUCCUUGAUUCUCUCCUCUCUUAUCUUUCGGUGAUGCCAUACCUUCAUUCUCCUGACUUGAGAUCGAUGAUGGAUCAAUUCAGGGAGCUUUAUGAAGGACUUGGGUCCUUGUUAUUCAUUCUCGCCCAGCCGCCAAACAACUUUGAUCUGAAGAUGAAGGAUGCAAUUUUUGAUGUGAUAUAUGAUGCCGGAGUCUUCAUUUGCUCACUGUACCAGACACGCCCGCAGGUACAGCUACAACAGGGGAUUCAGGAUUUGUUGAAAGCAAUCAGGCUUAUAACUCUGGGAGAGCAGCUUGGGGGUGAGAAAGGUGCGCCAGAACCACUGUUCAACAACAUUCCAACCACUGCUCCGCUGUCUUUUGUUGAUUUUUUAGUGGAAAAGCUGACGGAUCUCACCAGUGGUGAAGCUGAAACAAAUUCAAGGGGACAUGCCCAAACUAUUAAAGAUGAACUUGUCUACUUGAGAUCUUUCUUGAGAGAUAUUGUGGAGUUGCGCCGUCAAAAGGAGCACCUCCAAGCUUUAUGGGAUCAUGUUUUGGAGCUGGUGUGCAGGAUAGAGCGUCUCCUCGACUUCCUACUAGCCAAUGACCUUUCUGAUUCUUUCCUUUCAUCCUUCGAUUCCAUCAUGAAAGACAUCGAGAAUGUUAAGAUGGAAAUCCAACUCCAGAAAUUAGAAACCCAAAUGGAGGGAGUAACAUUGAGUCAACAAUCUCAUGUGCCGCCAUCUCAGCAGCAGUCUCCCCAACUGAAAAAUGAGGUCGUCGGCUACCUUGAGGAGGCAAAAUCACUUAAGAAUCGCCUCAUUAGAGGAUCAAAGAACCUACAGACUGUUCCCAUUGUGGGAAUGCCAGGACAAGGUAAGACUACGUUAGCUGCAAAGAUUUACAAUGAUCCUUCUGUUUCUCUCCAUUUUUCUGUUCGUGCGCAUUCUACCGUGUCACAGACAGUGGACAAAAACAGAAUUCUCCUAGACCUUUUAAGCCAAAUUGAUCCCGAAAAAUCUUGUGAAUUCAUUUCGGGGUAUGAUUUAGUGGAGAAAGUGUGGCGCCAUUUAAAAGGACGGAGAUAUCUCAUCUUUUUAGAUGACGUAUGGGAAGCUGAAGCAUGGAGUAAUUUGAAAGAAGCUUUCCCUGAUGAUCAGAUGGGGAGUAGAAUUAUGGUGACAAGUCGUCGACAUGAUGUUGUUCCCAACGAAGAACCUCACAUACUUAGACCAUUCACGGAAGAAGAGGGCAUGGAGUUGUUACAAAGAAAGUUAUUUGGUGGGAGUUGCUGGCCCCCUGAAUUAGUUGAUAUUGGGACGAAAAUUGUCCAAAUCUGUAAGGGGCUACCUCUAACAAUUCUUAUUGUAGGUGGAAUUUUAGCAAACACAUCGCGAGAUGGUUGGGAGACGAUUCUAGGUGGUCUAAGAUCAGGCAUGGUCUCGAGUGCAGAACAGUGCCGACACACGUUGGAGUUGAGCUACAGCUCCUUACCGGAGCAUUUGAGGCCUUGCUUUCUCUAUUUUGCAGCAUUUGCAGAAGAUAGUGUGGUUCCUGUCCAGAGGUUGCUUCGCCUAUGGAUAGCUGAAGGAUUUGUUCGGAAAUCUGAGACGAAGCGCAUUGAAGAUGUAGCUGAAGACUACCUAAAAGAUUUAAUUGAGCCACAAGAUUUAUCGUACAUGUUUUACAUGGCCAAACUCCUAAGAGUUGUGGAUUUGGGGAAAAUCAAUUUGGGUGAUGUGAUUCCAAGUGAAAUAGGGCUGCUUGUGCAGCUGGCCUUCCUGGCUAUUGAAGGCUAUAUGACGGACAUCCCACCAUUGAUAGGUAGCCUCGCCAAUCUUGAAACUCUUAUUCUGAAUCAAUUAAGACAAGACAAGGCGCUCUCGCUUCCAGCCACUUUCUGGAAUCUACAGAAAUUAAGGCAUCUUUCCAUAGCGAGACCAGGUGGUAGUUUUCCUUUGGAAAAUCCUGACACAUCACCUGAUUUAUGUGAAUUGGAUAAACUUUCUGGUGUUACUAUUCCUUGUCCGGGCGACAUGGAAGGCUUAUUGAAAAAGUUUCCAAAUGUCCGUAAGUUGAAAUUCACCCUUUUGGUUUCUCCUGAAGAAACAGGAGAGUAUGUCAAGGUUGUGGUUCCAGAAUCUUUGAGCCAACUAGAAUCACUUGGUAUAUCACUGCCUCUCGCAGUUGAACAGCCUAACCGUAGAGAGUUUGAAUUUAGUUUCUCUGCAAAAUUGAAGAAGUUAUCAUUUGCAUUCUUCUACUUGUGUCGUAGCAGUCUAUCAACAAUUUCCAAACUUCCAAACCUUGAAGUCCUCAAGUUUACGGCCGUAAGCUUUGAAGGAAACACGUGGGAAACGGAAGGAGGGGAAUUCUCCAAACUCAGAUUCUUGCAACUGUCAUCAGCGGGUCUGCUCUCCUGGAGUGGUACUGAGGAUCAAUUUGAGUGUCUUGAGAAGUUGGCAUUGCUGGGUUGUGCAUACUUGGAAGAGUUGCCUUCGUGCCUUGAAAAUAUUCCAACUCUUACGACGAUUAGGGUCGUAAAUUGUUCAAAAACUGCAGAAGAAUUAGUGCAAAAUAUCAAGAAGAUACAAGAGGACAAUGGAAAUUCAGAGCUGGAGAUCAUUACUUCCCUGCUUUGA